AUCGAGCCUAAAGUAUAACAGACUUCUCAGAUAAUCAGUCCUUCGUGUCCUCUGCCUGUGACCAAGAAUAUAUUGAAAUAUGCAGAACAUAACUCUGGUUUAUAUGACACCAAGUAUGCAGCGUAAUAAAGUACAGCAAGAGCGGUACCAGCCAUAAUUAGAAAAAUACAUCGAUUGUCCUGAGAUAAUCGGGAAAGGUAGAGGGGAAGAAGAGAACAUGAUUAUUAUGUCAAAACAGGCGCAUAAAAAAUGUAUCAAUCGAUGUCAUGUUUCAAGUUGUGCGCAGCACACCAUAAAGAAAAAAGGGAACCCCACAACGCGCGGGGCCGCGCGACAAGGGAGAAGUAAGACCCGAAGAUUUCUAAUUGAUGAUCGAGAACACGGAGCGAUGGAUUUCGAGCGCCCGGAGGUGAGAAAGAGCAUAUCCGAGCACCCGAAACAAGUCUCCGCGACCAAGGUCACACAUGCAGGUAGAGAAGGAGGCGCUCGGUUUGGGUUCAAGGCAGACUGGCUAUACCCGAGAACCGGCUUGCCCACUCAUGUUGGUUGGAGACUCCGCUCAAUAAAUGUGAGUGAAUGUCGGGUUACGCGAACUCGGCGUCCGCCGGGGUGGCUUCGAGAAGUCACCAUCCGUCCCCUCGCUUCGUUUUCAUGUUCGCUCAAGGGUCAAGGGACAACGACACCGGAUAGAGGACUCUCCCGUAAGCCAUUUGGCUGGUUUCCCAUCGAGUUCUUUUUCUUCAAAUUUCCUUCCCUGACCACGGGAGUCUCAUUGCCGGAGGGCCGUGGGUGAAGUAACAACCCUCGAAGUCCUAUUCGGAUGUUUGAGACCUGGGCUUGUUUGAGGUCCUCUUGUCCAAAAGCGUCCGAUUCUGAAUGUAUCGAUCAUGCCACC